AUGAUGUCGCUGUUUUACGUGGACGGUCCGACCGAAUUAUGCCCAAUGAAAGAUCCGGAUUCGAGGGGGAGUGGCGCUCGAUUCGGUAUGACGGAUUAUUCGCGGAAGCCACGGCGCAAGACGUCGAGCCUUGAGAUAGUCGUCACUCCUCGCGCUCCGACUGCUGCUUCUGCUGCUGCACCCGCGUGCGCUUUUGAGUGUCCGUGUCUCUUCUCUCUAUUUCCGGCUCCUCCAGUUGUACACGACGCGUCAAGCGCCUGCCACAGCCAAAAGUCCGUCGCUCGCUAG